UCAAAGAAAGUCUUUGAUUAAUACGUGUUAAUAGACCAUUUCUAUAAAAUUAUUUUAUGUAGUGAGUUGCGUCUAAAUAGAUGCUUUGAAAGUGAAUAACACAUUUCGCUCACCUAGUAAUAUAUUGGGCACAUCUUGCAAUGCGAAAUUGACUUUAUAUUAUGGUUUACGUGUUUAAAAGUGCAUAAAAAUCUAUUUAUUUCCAUAUUCAUCGAGAGAGGUCUUGCUAAAACAAGUGAAGUGCGGACAAAUGCUAGUCUUGUACGGUUUCCUUGCUUUUCACCUUGUGAGUGGAUUCACGGUUAUGAAUGUAACCAGAAGUAAUGAGACGAGAUCGAAAGGCGAGUGGGUGCCUUGCGGCCAGGACCAACUGGAGGGGAGGACCAUUGAAGAAGGAAUGACGGAAAUCGAGAACUUUCCGUGGCUCGGGCUACUCGUGUAUCCUAUUAAUGGGGAUAAUCCUACGACAACGGCGGUUGUACUCAUAUCAGAUGAUGUGGUCCUAUCUUCUGCUCUGGACAUUGAUUACUAUAAUAAAGAAAACUUCAGAGCUCUAUCCCGCGUGGUGCUGGGCAACAACUGCACGGGCCCCUACAUCAGCAUCAGGGAGUAUACCUUCCAUCCUGAAUUCACGCGCAGCACGUACAGCACGUUGGCCCUCGUGCAGCUUGCGAUCGAUAUAAAUGUAUCGAAAUUGAUUCCCAUAUGUCCGCCACCAUCGACGUUUAUGAACAGUGAAGAAAUCUUCGCCAUGACUUUGGUGAAUGAUUGCUACAAUAGUUCAAUGGUGAACAUAUUCAAGAUGGAUUACAUGGACGCGACCCAAUGCCAAGACUACUACAGGAGAGCCGGGCUGGAUAUCCAGAGUAUGUGGCCAACCCACCUGGCGUGUGCCCAAGGUCAGGUCGGUGGGCAUUGCAUCUGGCGCAGCGGUGCAACGCUCGUCAUCCGACAUGAGGGGCAAUGGAAACUGCUAGGUAUUGGUGUGUACGGGCCUGGUUGCGAGUCUCCAUCCAGGUUCCUGGACUACGGCAUGUACCAUUUGUGGGUGAAACGCAUUACUUCCAAGAUUGGUCAACCGACUAUCUCGAGGAUAGCCAACAACUACGUGGUGUUACGGAGAUCUACAUCGAACAUCCAGAGAUUCGGUCUUUGUGAUGCCGAGGAAACUACUAAGGGCAUAUAUGCCGACAGCGCGACCAUGUUGGCGCCUCAUGAUGAGUACGAUGAAGUAGACCCGGUGAUCACCGCUUACUAUAAUGUGACGUUACUAGAAAACGUGGACUACCAUUGCAUAAUAUUUCAAGCGAAGAAAGAGCUGAGCAUACCAGGGACGCCUCUCAUCAAACUUCGCCGUGUUUGUCCGGAUGAAGACAACUCGUGUACCAAUAGCACUGGUCGAAUCUUGCGCUAUUAUGCAGUGAUUAAGUUCAAACAUAUUUGCACGUUCAGUGUGAACGCGUAUGGUGUCUACUUAGCCACGAAUGAAACUGAUACAGAUGAAGAAACAUAGAUUUUGGACGAAUAAAUAGAGUUAGCUAGGAUGACAGAAUGGUAUCACUGUCAUACCAGGAGGUCUACUCUAAUUUAACGAAAAACGAAGUUUCGUCGGAAACUUCCCAGAUUUCAUAAUACAAUUCUAUUUAUUUAGAAAUUUUGUGAACACAAAUGAACGAAUGAAGAUAACGUUAAAUAAAUAGGUUUUGAUUUGAAAUUAAUAAAAAUGAAACGUUAUUUUAAGUAAUUUCAUUAAUAAAUCAAUAAAAUUUAUGGCCGAAGAUUAAACGAAACUUCGCAUUCGAGAACCAGAGUAGCCCUACAGGUUAUAUAAGAGCCCCACGGGGCGCGCCCAUGGACAUGUGACAAAUUAUGUGCAAGUGUGUAUUGCUUGUCUUCGAGGAACAAAAGAUGUGAUGUAAUGUUUAGUAUUAUGACCAUUUCAUUUGAACAAACAAUAAGUAAGUUGUAUAUUUGUUAAAUAUUUGUUUUUU